UACCACUUCAAUCAUCAGGAUAUAAACACAUACACACAGAGAGAGAGAACAGAGAGGUUGCAAACUAAGGAUUUAACCUCCAUUGCCUGUCAGAGGAGUCAUGACCAAAGAGAUUGAGGCUCUCAUGGUACAACAGAACGAGAGUUUCAGCUAUCUGCGACAGUCGGAGAAUUACAUCAUGGACUCGUGGCCUUACAUGGACGACCUCAGCAGAAGUAAAACUGAAGAAGCCCUUAACAACCUCUACGAGACAUGCAAGACGCCAAAGGAUGUUAAGAUGACACCGUGUGCUCGUGAAAGCAGCAUGUAUAAAGGCAUGGAGAGGACGCCGAACAGCUCUCCUCCUGAACUGGCUACGCUGGAGAACGCUCAAAUCAUGAAGCUGCUUUCUGAUAACAUUUCUAUUAGUCAAUCAAAGCAAGCGCUGCCGGGAACUGACAGCUACUCGGGCGAGAACUAUGAUAAGCAAGUCAUCAACAACAUCUUCGACUCAAUCCUGCUCUCAGCGCAAAAACCGUGGCACUCUGAUCAGGCGUACGCGGAUGCUAACCAAGAGUCGCUCGCCUUCAGCACUCCCUUUGCGGGACAGACAAGCCCUGUAUAUUCAGAUUCCUAUUCUAACUCCCCUCCAGAGAGAUACAGGAAUGAUUUCCAGUUCGUUCUUGGUUCCCCGCAAGCUUCCCAUCACAAGACCACAGAAAUACCCAUGGUUUACCUCAACAAGGGUCAGUUUUACCCCAUUACUCUGCAGGGAGUGGACAGCACUGCGGGAGUGUCAUGCAGCAAAGUAAAAACGGUGAUCAUGGCUGUGUUUGAGAAUGACAAGAGUCCUGAGAUGCAACUGAAAUACUGGAACCACUGGCACGCACGACAGCCAACCGCUAAACAAAGGGUCAUAGAUAUUGCCGACUACAAGGAAGUCUUCAGUGGAAUUAGUAAUGUGGAGGAGGUUGCUUUCAACGCACUGUCCUUCAUCUGGAACACCAAUGAGGAGGCGAAGGUGCACAUCGGCAUCAAUUCUCUGAGCACUGAUUUCUCCUCCCAAAAGGGGGUUAAAGGCCUUCCUCUGAAUCUGCAGAUCGACACUUACGAUUACAGCUCAGGGAACAACCAGCUCAUUCACAGAGCUGUUUGUCAGGUCAAGAUCUUCUGCGAUAAGGGAGCAGAGAGGAAGAUGAGAGACGAGGAGAGGAAGAGAUCCAAGAGGAGAACCAAGACUACUGCAGAUAAUACUUCUAAACAGGCUUUGGUCUCCAGUUCGGUUGGAAAGGACUGCACAUUUUUCAAGACUCUGGAUGAUCGCGUCACACAACCUGUUUUAUUCAUCCCUGAGAUGCAGUUCAGCACCAUGCAGCGCUGCGGCCUGGUGCCCCCUGUUAAUGUGGAGGAGGCUGACAGGAACUCAUUGAAACGUGGCAACUGCUACACGGACAGCGCAGAUAAAACCAGUUCCCCACCAAGCAAAAAACUACGUCGAGAUGAGCAACAGAGAGUUCUGCUGUAUGUAAGGCGAGAAACGGAGGAAGUGUUUGAUGCCCUAAUGUUAAACACGCCAACCCUUAAGGGCCUGAGAGAAGCGAUUUCAGAAAAGUACGGUAUGCAAGAAGACACCAUUGGGAAAAUCUUCAAGAAAUGCAAAAGAGGGAUCUUUGUGAACAUGGAUGACAACAUCAUCGAGCAUUACAGCAACCACUCGGCCUUCCUCAUCGAGAUUUCCGAAGUCAUGGUCAACCACUUCCAGGUCACGCUUAUGGAGUUAUAAAGGACAUCAUCACGAUGUGUGCCCCCGCCGGCAGCUUCUCGCUGCCCCUCCAAUCAAAAGCACAAGCAACUGAGAGCCAGAUUCUGCAGUGCCAGAGGCGUCGUCAUGGAAACAAAAGAACUUACCUGCACGUUCUAACGUUUUCAGUUUCAACGCAUACCAAUACUUGUGGUGUAAACACCAUUUACCUCUUUUUUACUUUUUGGAAAAAAUAUUUUAUCUACAAUUAUUUUAUAACUUGAUCAAUUGUGAUCAACAAGGUUAAGUGCCUGUAAAUAUGAAUUGUAAAUAGACGAAAAUAUGAUAAUGUUAUGUGUGUGUGUCGACAUGAUUUUAUAGUUAUAUGUUAUUUUUUCAACGAUAAACUUGCCUUUGAUAUGCUGCCUCUACGCUGCUUACGAUAGGCCCAUCACUUAUAGAAGACGAUGUGAGGUGGUUGUAUCGCUUUAUGCUUCAAUGGUGUUUUGCAUGUUUUUUAAUCUUGCCUCAUGUUACUUCAGUACACUUCCAGUCAGGGUGCUGUUACUUUCAGCCUGUUAGUUUCACAUCUGAAAUGCUUCACACAUCCGAGAGUGUUUCAGACUUCAAAGUCGCACAUUUCCACCCUUAGAGGGCUGAAUAUCUGUCAUUGUUUCGUUCACCAAGACUUUGACACUCAAUAUAAAAACACACAUUUCUAAUCUGUGUGGCUAGAACGGUUGCUGGGACAACCGGACCCUUUAUCCUUCGACUUUUAGACAAGGACGUUCAAAGAAACCACUGCUUAAACAACUUGCCCAAACAUCAAAAUAAUUAAUGGUGACUUUUCAGUUUGUGGAUGUUGCUUCAGUUCACAAAUUUGUACAUUUCAAAUGCUUUGUAUUGCUGUCAUUCAAUAUUGAUAUACUAAAGCUGUGUUUUCCUUUUUUACUGCCUCUGCUUUUAUAAGGCAAAUAAAAUCGAAAAUUCAAAACA